AUGCGCGCUAGUGCGGCGGCCUGGGCCGGCCGUAGCAGCCGCAGGUGCCUCUCGGGGCGCGGGGGUGGGGGGCUGCUGGAGCGCUCGACGGGAAGCAGCGGCCCCUUCGGCCGGCAGCGGAGGUGGGGCGCCGAGCUUCCUCGGGGCCGCGAGCCGACGGGGGCCCCCGGGGCCGGCGAGGGCAGCGAGACGCUGCUGGAGAUCUGCCGGCGAAGGCACUUCCUCGGCGGGACCCGGCGGCCGCUUAGCCGAGAGUCCCUUCUGAGCGGGUGCCACCCCGGCCUGGGACCCUUGGGCCUGGAGCUGCGGCAGAACCUGGCGGCAGAAUGGUGGUCCUCGGUGGUGGUGUUCCGGGAGCAGGUCUUCCCGGUGGACGCCCGCCACCACCAGCCGGGGCACGGUGCCUUCAGGUUAGUUUCUGCAGAGAGGCUACGCGAAAUCUUGCAAGACCAAGAGCUGAGUAAGGAACAGCUGGUAGCGUUUCUCGAGAACUUACUUAAAACCUCGGGGAAACUCCGGGAGAACCUUCUUCACGGCGCCUUGGAGCACUAUGUCAGUUGCCUGGAUCUCGUCAAUAGGAGGCUGCCGUACGGCCUGGCUCAGAUUGGAGUGUGUUUUCAUCCUGUUGGGGACACCAAGCAGACCCCUAAUGGCGUUCAAAGAAUUGGUGAGAAGACGGAAGCUUCCCUGGUAUGGUUUACUUCUGCAAGAACUGCAAGCCAAUGGCUUGAUUUCUGGUUACGCCAUCGACUCCAGUGGUGGAGAAAGUUUGCAGUGACUCCGUCUCACUUCAGCAGCAGCGAGUGUCAGGAUGAAGGGGGACGAAAAGGAAACCAGCUUCACUACAGUUUUCCCUGGGGAAAGGAGCCAGUGGAAACCCUGUGGAAUCUAGGCGAUCGUGAACUCUUACUUACUGAUCCUGGAAACACGUCUGCAUUACACGGCCGAGAUGGACGGAAAAAUGUGGUUCCUUGUGUUCUGUCGAUAAGUGGCGACCUAGACCGAGGUGUGCUGGCUUACCUCUACGAUUCUCUCCAGCUGUCAGAAGACGCCUUUACAAGAAAGAAGCAUCUUCACAGAAAGGUACUUAAACUUCACCCUUGUUUAGCUCCCAUUAAAGUUGCUGUGGAUGUGGGGAGAGGCCCAACAGUGGAACUGAGACAGGUUUCUCAAGGGUUAUCCAAAGAAUUAUUAGAAAAUGGAAUUUCUGUAUGGCCUGGUUAUUUGGAAACGGUGCACUCCUCAAUGGAACAACUAUAUUCAAAGUAUGAUGAGAUGGGCAUCCUUUUCACAGUUUUGGUGACGGACGCUACUCUGGAGAAUGGCUUGAUAAAUCUGAGAAGUAGAGACACCACGAUGAAGGAAAUGAUGCACAUAUCCAAAGUCAAGGACUUCUUAGCCAAGUACAUCUCUCCAGCUAAGAAUGUGUAGAUUUUAAUGUCUGCAGAAUAAAUAUUUGUCUUUCCUAA